AUGGCCGCGACUUUGCCUCCACCCGGUUCCUACCAGGCCUACAUUGAGGUCUCUGCUUUGGAGGCCGGCAUCAUACACCUGCCUCUGCAGCUCUUCGUAGCCGGCUCCGAUCCGUCAGAAAUACGGACUUGCCCAUCCCUUGCGUUCUCUCUCCGUCACUCGAUUACCCGCGAGCAUCUCGUAUUCGACUUAGGCAUUCGGCGAAACACUGAAAGCUAUCCACCGAUAGUCCGCGGUGCUAUUGCCAAGUGGAUGCCGGUCACAGUACCACAAAGCGUUGAUGAAUCUCUGAAGUCGGGAGGGAUUCCUCCUCAGGAGGUCUCAACGAUUAUCUUGAGCCAUUUACACUUUGAUCAUGUUGGAGAUCCUUCGGCGUUUCCAAAUGCCACAUUCAUCAUUGGGGAAGGGGGAGAGGGCCUUAUGAAGGGCGGGUUUCCUGCCAACCCACAGUCAGACGUUCUGCAAGACACAGUUCCGAUAGAUCGCACUCGAUCCCUCACUGCUGAGAACUUCAGCACGUCGGUCGGUCCUUUCCCUCGUGCCUUCGAUUACUUCGGAGACGGAAGCCUGUUCCUCAUCGACGCGGUUGGUCACUGCGCCGGCCACAUCAAUGUUCUCGCGCGUACCUCGUCCGCAGGAUCCUGGAUAUAUCUAGCCGCAGAUACAGCACACGACGUUGGCCUCCUCACCGGGGAGAAGAGCAUCGCGUUCACGAUUGAUCCCAGUGGUCGUUUGCAAUGUGCUCACGCCAACAAAGAUGAGGCGGAGGAACACAUCCGCCGUGUGGGACAACUGCUGAAGUUGCCUCACGUUCAUGUUCUCCUCGCGCAUGAUUGGGAAUGGUACGAGAAAAAUAAGGGAGGGGAGGCAUUUCUGCCUGGGAUUAUCUCACCGUUGAUGUAA